AUGUCGAGUUUGUACAGAGGUGUUUCGAGAAAAGAGAAACCGAGGCGUCAUCAUGGGUUAAAUCAGCUAAAGAGGCAAGAGAUCAAAGAAGCUUUCGAGCUGUUCGACACUGAUGGAUCUGGCACCAUCGAUGCUAAAGAGCUUAAUGUUGCUAUGAGGGCUCUUGGUUUCGAGAUGACAGAAGAGCAAAUAAACAAAAUGAUUGCUGAUGUGGACAAAGAUGGAAGCGGAGCAAUAGAUUAUGAUGAAUUUGUUCAUAUGAUGACUGCUAAGAUCGGUGAAAGAGACACAAAAGAAGAGCUCACCAAGGCGUUCCAGAUCAUUGAUCUUGACAAAAAUGGGAAGAUAUCUCCUGAUGAUAUCAAACGCAUGGCAAAGGACUUGGGUGAGAACUUCACUGAUGCUGAGAUACGAGAGAUGGUUGAAGAAGCAGACCGAGACCGUGAUGGUGAAGUUAAUAUGGAAGAAUUCAUGAGGAUGAUGAAAAGAACUGCUUAUGGAUAUUAA